GUUAUUCAGUGCAGACAUCCAUCACAUUUUUGUUUGGCUGCACUUGCUUAAGUUUCCGAUGGCCUAGAGGUGGCUACUCAAAGCAUCUGACACAGACUGAUCCAAUUUACAGAUGUCGUUAACUAGAAUGAACUGGUUUUGAUUUCGUGCAAAGCAAGCUGGGAGCAUGGGGCUUAUGUCGAGUGACGGCAACUGGGGUAUAAAACCCUGUGCACAGAUGAAUAUUAGCUGAGUGCACAAACAGGAGCUUACUUUCAAUCGGAUCUAACCUACUCGUUCUCAUCACUACUACUGAUUACCAUCAGCAGCCAUGGUUCUGGAGGACUCUGAUAUGGAAUUAGUUUUCGAGAUAGAAGUCGCUGAACAUGAUGUGGAGACUCCGUAUGGCAGAGUCCACUGUACCAUGAAAGGGGUUCCUAAGGGUGACCGGCCCGUCAUCCUCACCUACCAUGAUAUUGGCCUGAACCAUAAAAGCUGCUUUGACACCUUGUUCAGCCAUGAGGAUAUGCAAGAGAUCAUGCAGCACUUUGCUGUGUGUCAUGUAGAUGCACCAGGGCAGCAAGAGGGAGCAAACACCUUCUCCACUGGAUAUGAAUACCCUUCCAUGGACCAACUCUCUGAGACCCUUCCGUCAAUCCUUAAACAUUUUGGUUUGAAGAGUGUGAUUGGCAUGGCUGUUGGAGCGGGUGCUUAUAUCCUUGCUAAGUUUGCAUUGGAUUACCCUACUAUGGUGGAAGGCCUUGUGCUAAUAAACAUCAACCCAUGCGCUGAAGGCUGGAUGGACUGGGCAGCACACAAAAUUUCUGGUUGGACUCACGCCAUGCCUGAAAUGAUAAUCUCUCACCUGUUUGGAAAGGAGGAAAUCCAGCAGAACCAUGACCUCAUUGGCAGAUACCGUCACCACAUUGUGAAUGACAUGAACCAGUACAAUCUGCAACUCUUUGUCAAGUCCUACAACAGCCGAAGAGACCUGGAAAUCGAGAGGCCUGUACCUGGUGGUCACGUCAAUGUCAGAACUCUAAAGUGUCCUGCACUCCUGGUAGUUGGAGACAGUUCCCCAGCAGUGGAUGUAGUGGUUGAGUGCAACACAAAGCUGGACCCGACCAAAACCACACUGCUUAAGAUGGCUGACUGUGGAGGCUUGCCCCAGGUCGACCAGCCUGGGAAGCUAACGGAGGCUUUCAAGUACUUCAUUCAAGGAAUGGGUUACAUGCCCUCUGCCAGCAUGACCCGUCUGGUCCGUUCCCGCACAGCAUCCGGAUCCAGUGUGACUUCCUUUGAAGGCAACCGCAGCAGGUCGCACACUAACGAGGGCCGGGCCCGAGCCCACACUUCCGACAACCAACGCAGACGUUCGCACACUGACAACAUGGACAGUUCUGUGGACCAGGCUCCCAAGUCCACCGAAGUGUCCUGUUAGACUGGUGACCUCUCUCUGGUCCAUCUCACACAUGCAUUAACCUCUCUGUUCCGACUGUGCUGCGCUGCCACUAACUACACACACAACAGGACUGCUGCAUGCCGCUGUGCUGUUUCCCUCAGGGGUCUUGCACUGUUUUAUUUGUCAGAGAGCAUUUAUGCCAAAGUGUCUUGUGUUUAAGACCAUAUUUCCUGAGGAAACGCUAAGGAAGGAGUUGAUGGAGUGAAUGAAGGACAGGAUAAUGGAGAUAUUUCUUUUUUUUGCAACCUGCGCAAUAGCUGUCUUGUUGUUGUUAGAGGCAAUGCAGCACAGAGAUAUUUUGAUGGUCGUCAUCAUCCAAGUAAGCUGGGCACUGAGAAGGGCACAUUUGUAAAUUUAUUUUGAUUUCUAGUCUGCAAUUAAUUUUCUUAAUGUCAUUAUACAACUUUUACACUCUAGUUUAAGUGCAUAAUUCAUUUGUAUAAUCUGUAUAUGUUGAAAUGGAAAUCACUGAAUUGAAAAGGGAUUGGUUGACCACAGAGUAGAGACUGGUAUAUUUUUUUUUCAUGAUGCUAACUUACCUUUAUAAAACUAAGGUUUAAACUCAUAAUGUGUUGAUUUUGCAUUUUCCUUGUUGGGAGUGUCUCAUUAUUUUGGGUUAUAUGUGUAACUCAGUGAUCGAUGCUCUUGAAAGUGAUUUGAAAUGAUUUUUAUGGGAUCAAAUGUUUUGAAAGAAUCUUAACAUUUAGUUUUAAUUCAACAAAACCAAUUUGUAGAUAUAAGAAUACAGGAAAAUUACUACAAUAUUUUUGGUGUUUUUUUUUUUGUAAUGAUUAUGAUUUCUAUGCAAUCAAGCACAACAGAACAAAAUGUGCCAUGGAAUCCUCUACUUGGACUGGAUGCUUUUUUUUCCUGAGGGUUUGAAAGAGUAAAACCAAGGACUGCUCAGAAAGAGAUAAUAAGCAACUCACUUGUUCUUCCACACAUACUAAAACAAAUGCUUGCAGCUUGGUAUGGCAUUCUGCUUUGUAAAGAUGUAAAACAAUCUGAUGCACUGCAUUUUUAAUUGUAUAACAGUUUGUAUUUAUUUAAAAAAGGAAAAUAAAAAGCUGGUUACUCAA